AAUGCAGAAUGACUCGCUUUUUUCAACUACUUAUCUCACAAACUAUUCUACAAUUUUAUGAAUUCAAAUGAUAAAAGAAAAAAAGCCAUGUCUGGGACUGAGUUGGUGCCACAAUUGACAAAGAAGAUAUUUAAAAAAACAAAAGGAAUUAAAAACAUUGAAAAGCACGUGAUUGACAGAUUGAGCGAGCUGCUCAAGCUAGGUGUGAAAGUUGACAAUCUUAUAAAGGAUGAAAAGCGUGGAAAUACCGCGCUGCAUUGUGCGGUUAAACAUUGUCAGAAAGAAGUCGUUUUGUUUCUUUUGGAAAAAGGUGCGGACGUUUGUGCGGAAUGCCGAGGUCCCGAAGGGCCGGUUUCAGUGCUCUGGGUGUCAAAUAACGUAUUGAAGCACCUAACGAGUCCUACAUUGCACAAAAGACGCUCGAUCGCAUUAGACAUUCGAGAUGCUUUGCUGUCGAAUCUAGAGUCACGGGUGCAAACUGAGCCACGAUUUUCCGACGCCGCGGGACUCAGUAUCUUUCAUUUAAAAUGCGCCAGGGGACAGAUUGAGCAAGCACGAGAACACUUUAGUCCCGAGUUGAUUGACAAAAAAGUUUACUUUGACCUCAUGUACGGUUGCACACCUCUGCUGAUAGCGAUUAUGUACGGACACUUCAGACUCGCCGCAUGGUUGGUGGAAAAUGCGGGUGCCUCGGUCCGCUUGACUACGGCCGAGUUCGAUCAACGCUCCAGUUUGCACGUUUUGGCGGAUUAUCCUCGAGCGAACAACUGCGAAGACAGAGAUUCGGCUCAAUUGGCCGAAACAUUGAUUCAAUUUGGAGCGAAUGUGAACUCGCUCGACGCUGACGACAUGACGCCCUUGGACUACGUCUACAAAUCGUCAAACGAAGUCAACUCGAUCGAAUUGCUCCGAGUACUCGUCAGGCACGGAGCGAAUUUCGAAAAACUGUCGCAAUCAAUCGGUCAUUUGGUCAUGGAAGAAUAUCGACUUUUACUUGAGGAGAGCAGUUCAAGAGAACGGGUGAAUUUUAUUCUCGAUCGUCGCAAUAAUAAGUUUUUGACAUCGACGAUUUUCGUCACAGCCCUUAUGAGUACCGUAAAAGUGCCGGAUCAUCCUAGCACUAAUUCAGAGUCGAACCAAAAUUGAGAAAAAUUAAUUGAGUCAUACU